AUGGGAGCCAAGUCAAAAUACGUCAUUGUUCAGCUGGCGAGCGUCAUUACUGGUUCUACAAGAGUGUGGGUGAGGGAAAGAGCUGCAGAGAAGUUUUCAGGGAUAUUUCACGAUCCAGCAUUAGGCAAGAGCUGUUUGUUCGAAGAAGCUCGCCGGAUCAAGGGCAAAAAUGACCUUCCGAAACGAGUGAAGAAGAUGUUUAACAUAGAAAAUUAG